UUGAACUUUGAAGUUGUUAUAGAAGUCAAAGACAGCUUGGGGCGUUGAAACUUACUGUCAAACUUGACAUUCGGAGGGAAGAUAACGACUGAGAUGCUAGAAGUUGUAACCAGAAGAGAAUGGGGUGCAGCAGAAGCGUCAAGGGUAGAAUACAUACGGAAGCCAUCAAGCGUCAAAUACAUUUUCCUAGUAUCCACUCAUCAAGUCAAAUGCAACGACGGCAACACUUGUCAACGAAUAGUGAAGGAUAUACAGCGAAGACAUAUAACAUUUCAUAGAGUUCCUGAUAUUAAAUACAAUUUUCUUGUUGGUGGAGAUGGCGCAGUGUAUGAAGGUAGAGGGUUCAAUGUCGUGGGAACGAUACCAUGUCCAUAUUACCAAUUGAGGUUUUCGAGUAUUAUGAUCGCUCUCAUAGGAGAGUUCAGUGAGAGUCCCCCACCACUAAACAUGCUUGAUGCGUUCAGAGGCAUCGUCAAAACUGGUAUUGACAGAGGGUAUAUAGCUCCUAAAACGUUGGUUUUCCAUCUAUAGCACUUGUUGUGUAACUUAAAUCAAAACUAUUUAAAACACUCUGUAAAAUUAGUAAGUAAGUAUUUUUGUACGAAUAAAGUUAAUAUUUUAUGUGUUUGAUAUUAAAACACCACAACUCUAAAAUCAAGAUUUGAGUAUUUCUUGAACUUAGAUAACCAUGUAGUUAUUGGUUAUGUUUAUUUAGCUUUUGAGUAUUUUUUUUUAUAGUUUGGUUAACUUGUGUAGGAAUUCACAUCUUUAAAAUAAACUAUCGUGUGCCCGUUUGAUAAAAAAGCUAUUUUAAAAGAAAAAAAAAAAUUAAAAAAACAAAAGGCUAUUAAUACGU